CUUAGACUCAGUUCUCAUUUGACAAUCAGAGGCAACAGCUGAGUGACGCCCCUCGUUCAACUAGUCAACAUGGAGAGAAGUCCUGUAGUUUCACCAAAUGUAGACUUUACUAAGGUUGAGGCAAUCAAUCAGAAAAGAACUCUUGCCUUCAUCAACCACUGGGCACUACACACUGUGGCCUUCCUUAACCAAUUCUCAGCAGUAUGUGAAGAACGACUCUUGAUCCUUGAUACAAAACUUCGCAGAGCUGAUCAUACACUGGCCAUACUCGAGGCUAAGCUAAAUUCAGUGCCUGGCCUGGAGGGUGUAGUGGCACCAACCCCUGAUGAUACCCCAGUAGCAACAACUUCUACAACCACAAAUUCUGAAACCACGCCAACCCCAAGUACAACUAAUCCAGAGGCCCCUCCAUCGUCCACUGUGGAGUCUUCAGCUGGUAACUCUGCAGUGGAUGUGGAGGGAAGAGAUGAAGUAGAUGCAGAAGCCUCAGCACCUGCUCCCUCAGCCACACCUGUCAGUCAAGACUCUCGAUAUGCACAGUAUUUCAGGAUGUUGAAAAUGGGUGUACCAGAUCCAGCUGUCCGAUUGAAGAUGUCAAGUGAGGGUGUUAACCCCUCUUUGUUGGAUGAUCCAGAUGCCCCUGCUCCACCUCCUGAUGACAGCAAUGAAGCAGGACCUGAUGAUGAUGAUGAUUCCAGGUCUGUCUCAUCCUGGAGUGAGUAACCUUCUUUUCUCUCCCUCUCUUCAACACUGAUAGUGGAACUUAAAAUAUAUUUUGUUUAUGUUGUAUUAAAAAAGAAGACUCAAAGGCUAAAAAAUUUGAAAUAAGCAGUCUCCGAGUUACAAAGGGGUUACGUUCUUAGACCCUGUUCGUAAGUCAGAACAGUGUUAAUUUCAUAGCACAACCCUGCCCAUACAAAACAAUGAUAAUAUCCCAUACAUAACAAAUAAUGUAAAUACUGUAAAUAAAGUGAUGUUAAACAAUAUUAAGUACUGUAAAAGAGAUUUUAAUAACAGGUUUUUGUGAUGAAUGUAUUGGGAUCCCAUUCAUAAGUGCGGGUGUUUGUAACUAAGGACUGCCUGUAUUGCUUAGGAUAAACCAAAUCAAAUGAGUCGUAAAUUUUGAAGAUAAAUAUUGAAAAGAAAGUGCAUAUGAUUAUUUAAAAUUCCUGAAUCUGAAACCUAAUUUUAUGUCUGCUACCUGCAUUCAGGUAUGAGUGGUAGCUUAAAUAAAUUAUGGUUAAAGGAACAAGUACAGUAAAACCUCGAUAAAUCAGACUCUGAAAUGAUCGUCACCAGAAAAACAAAAAAGAAAAGAAAUUUGGGAAAAUCAA